AUGGACGCAGCCGAGUUCCGCAAGCGCGGCCACGAGAUGGUCGACUACAUUGCCAACUACUACGAGACGAUGCGCGAGCGGCCCGUCAUGUCGGAGGUGUCUCCGGGGUACCUGCGCCCGCUCAUCCCGGCGGAGGCGCCUGCGGAAGGGGAGUCGUGGGAGUCGAUCGUCGCGGACGUGGAGCGAGUCAUCAUGCCGGGCGUCACGCACUGGCAGCACCCGCGCUUCCACGCGUACUUCCCCGGCGGAAGCUCCUUCCCGUCCAUCCUGGGCGACAUGCUGUCGGACGCGAUUGCGUGCGUCGGAUUCAACUGGGUCUGCAGCCCCGCGUGCACCGAACUCGAGACGGUCGUGCUCGACUGGCUCGGCCGCGCGGUCGGACUCCCCGACGCCUUCCUUGCGCAGCACCGCAACGGCGAGAACGGCCACGGCGGCGGCGUCAUCCAGGGCACGGCGUCCGAGGCGGUCCUUGUGUGCAUGCUUGCCGCUCGCGCCAAAGCAAUCAACGAACUGCGCGCCGCCCAAACCGCCCAGGGCGUCCAGCCCGAGGACGAAGGCAUCAUCAUGGCGCGUCUCAUUGCGUAUGGAUCCGAGUCAACCCACGCCUGCAUCGAAAAGGCAGCGCGCGUCUCCGGAGUGCGCUUCCGUGCCAUCACCACCGGCGCUGACCACCGUCUUGUUGCUGCCAAUCUGACUCAGGCGAUUGCUGAAGAUCGCGCUGCUGGCCUCAUCCCAUUCUUUGUGUGCUCGACCUCUGGCACUACUUCGACAUGCGCGUACGAUGACCACGUUGGCCUCGGCGCCAUCUGCAACGCAGAGAAGAUUUGGCUGCACAUUGAUGCUGCCUAUGCCGGCGCUGCUUAUGUGUGCCCCGAGUUCCGAUCGACGAUGGCUGGCGUCGAGCAACGCCACCUCCUCAUCAGCGCUUUCAACAUCACCCCAGAGUAUCUUCGAAACGCCAUGUCCGAAUCUGGUCUCGUCACGGACUACCGCAACUGGCAGGUGCCGCUCGGUCGCCGCUUCCGAUCCCUCAAACUGUGGUUUGUCUUGCGCAGCUAUGGCAUUGCCGGCCUUCAAGCACACAUCCGCAAGGCUGUCGGGUUGGCAAGCCGCUUUGAUGCGCUGGUUCGCAAGGACGAUCGAUUUGAGGUUGUCUACCCGACCACGCUGAGUCUUGUUUGCUUCCGCUUGAAGGGAGACAACGAGCUCAGCUCCAAGCUGCUGGAGGCCGUGUCGGCUGCAAAGCUGCUGCUGAUGAUUCACACUGUGGUCAAGGGCGUGUACAUUCUCCGCUUCUCCAUUGGCGCGCCCCAGACCACCGAGGCUGACAUUGAUAGCGCUUGGGCGCACAUUGCGUCGCUUGCCACUGGUAUUCUGGCCAACCACGCCGCAGCCAUCCCUUCCGCCUAA